GUAUAUACAUAAACACAUACAUAUAUGGAUCAAGGAGGUCGUGGUGGCGGAGCCGAGCAUGGAAAGUACCGGGGAGUUCGGAGACGGCCUUGGGGAAAAUACGCAGCGGAGAUACGAGAUUCGAGGAAGCACGGUGAACGUGUGUGGCUUGGAACGUUCGACACCGCGGAAGAAGCGGCUAGAGCCUAUGACCAAGCCGCCUACUCAAUGAGAGGCCAGUCCGCAAUUCUAAACUUCCCUCAUGAGUAUAACAUGGGGAGUACUGGCGGCUCUUCUUCCACCGCCAUGGCUGGAUCUUCCUCCUCCUCGGCCUCUGCUUCUUCUUCUUCUAGGCAAGUUUUUGAAUUUGAGUAUUUGGAUGAUAGUGUUUUGGAGGAGCUCCUUGAGGAAGGAGAGAAGCCUAAGAAUGGCAAGAAGAAGUGAGUGAUACAUGAUCAUUUCUAACGAAAGUAACAAAGUAUAAGAAAUAAUUAGUAUGUAUGAAAAGAAAUUAUAUAUUGCAAUGAUCUUAUGAUCAUGAUUCGAGCACGAAUCUAUUUUUGUAAUGAAAUCGACCGAUUGAU